CUCCAAUGUUAGAUCACACUCACACAGCCUCACUUCUCACUACAAAUAGCUACAGGUCGCUGUCAGAGCAGCACAACACAGGUGUGACUGCUUCUGAAUGAGGGAACUUUCUCUUCCUGUUAAUCAUCUGCCUGAAACAGACAUUAAGUCCAGCCUUUAUAACAGACAUUUGACUGCUCUCCGCCUUUAUCCGCCGAGCAUCUGAGGGCGGCUUGAUUUUAAUAGCACUUUGGGACCGUCGUAAACAGAACAGAUCAGUCAGAAAAAAAAAGGCAUACACCAAGUGCGCGUCCAGAAAAAAAAAAAACAGCCAAAGCCAUGAAUUUCGAUGAAAUUCUCAGUGUCAUUGGAGGCUUUGGGAAGUUCCAGAAGAUCCUGUAUGUGUGGAUCUGUGUACCUCAGAUCUUCCUGGCGUUCCACAUGCUGGUCUCAGUGUUCACCGGGGCCGUUCCUGCUCACUUGUGCCGGGCCUGGCGGCCCUCGGCAGAAGCUCCGGGCUCUCUGAACUCCUCCAGCCUCCCCACCCCCCCCGCCGACCACUCCUGCACCAUCCACCUGAACCAGAGCGGUGCUCCCGGGGAGGGACGCCCGGCCGCGAGCUGCCAGGGGGGCUGGGAGUACAGCACCGACACAUUCCAGAGCACCAUAGUAACCGAGUGGGACCUGGUUUGUGAAAAUGCCAGCCUGAACAAUUUGGGCUCUUCCAUCUACAUGUUUGGGCUCCUUGUUGGAGCGGUUGUGUUUGGACAUUUGGCUGAUAAAUAUGGGCGCAGGAUCAUUAUUCUCAUUAGCCUGGCGAUACAAGCAACUUUCGGAGUGGCUGUUGCUUUUGCCCCUAAUUUCUACGUCUACACCGUCCUGCGCUUUAUGGUUGGAACGUCGAUCUCGGGCGUUAUCAUGAAUGCAUUUGUCCUAGGCACAGAGUGGACUGGAUUAAAACAGCGGAUGCUGGCCGGAAUAAUCACCGACUACUUCUUUGGCUUUGGAUACAUUUUACUGGCUGGAGUGGCAUAUCUCAUAAGGGACUGGCGAAAGCUGCAGCUGGCAAUAUCGGCGCCUGGUUUUGUCUUCAUUGUCUACAUCUGGGUUUUGCCAAAAUCAGCUCGUUGGUUAAUGGCCAAUGACCGAAGAGACGAAGCAUGGGAGGUGAUCCUGAAGGCAGCGCAGAUGAAUGGAAAGCCCCUCACUAAAGACCUGGAGAUGUAUCAGGUCUAUCAAACCGAAGAGAAAACCGUGGUGAAGAAAAAAUACUCAUUCCUUGACCUUGUUCGAACCCCAACGAUGAGGAAGCAGUCUCUGAUAGUCUUUUAUCUCUGGUUCGUCAAUGUGCUGGUGUACUACGGGCUGUCCCUCAACAUCUCCGACUUCGGAAUGAACAUCUACCUGACGCAGAUGAUCUUUGGCCUGGUGGAGAUGCCGGCGCGCACCAUCACUCUGUUCACCCUCAACCGCUCCCGCAAGAUCUCCCAGCUGGCUUUCCUCACCGUGGGGGGCUCCGCCUGCCUGCUCACCAUCUUCAUCCCCCACGACUUGUCUAUCCUCAAAACAGUCUUGGCCAUGAUUGGGAAGUUCGGAAUCACAGCCUCUCUGUCUAUUAUUUACGUGUACUCGGCUGAGGUGUUCCCCACUGUGAUCAGGCAGAACGGAAUCGGCAUCGGCUCCAUGUGUGCGCGGAUCGGGGGGGUCCUGGCCCCCAUGCUGUACCUUCUGAGGGGCAUCAGCCCCCACGCCCCCAUGGUGCUGUGCGGCCUCUGCCCCCUGCUGGGCUCCGCCCUCACCCUGCUCCUGCCCGAGACCGCCAACAAGCCCCUCCCCGACUCCAUCGAGGACGUGGAGGGGGUCCACCUCAGUGAGGAGGACGGUGGCGUGAGGACGGUCAUCCUGGACUCCUCCCUGAGGAACGGAGCGGUCAGCAGCCCCAGGAUGGAUUAGAGCCUUUUUUCUCUAAAGACACAAGUCUAUGCUUCCAGUGGAAGUUCAAACUAGACUUUGUUUUAACGGGUCUCUGAAAGUUACCCACCCCCUGACUUAUGAUACAACGGUAUUUUAAGUGUUUUUAUUUUUUCUUGUGUUUUAUAUGCAGUAAAUAUAUUUGAUCCAUUUUAUUGUCUUAUAUAUGUUUUUGACAGAUGAAUACAACUGAUAACAUUAAAUUGAAUAUAAAUUAAGUAUGUAAGCAAACAUAUGUCUGUGAUACGGUCUUCAGUCUCUGUGCACGUGGACGCUGGCGUUGUGAAGGAUGUGCAAAACCUAACAACCACCCAUGGACUGCAGCUAUUUACACUUGACUCACACACACUGGGCAUUAACUGCAACACGUGAGUGUGACUUUGAAAAACUUCCUGAAUCGGAAGAGUAUACUUCACAAUCUCAUCAUGUUUUGGUCACUCAAGAACUAUAAAAAGUAAAGAAACAAUGACAGAGUGAAUCAGUUUUUUAGAACAAAAUGUGUUUUAUUGUUAGAAGUUCUGGUUGAAUGUUACGGUUCAUGUGGAGAUUUCACGUCUCUGUUUACACUUUUUUUUAUUAUCACGAUUUUAUCCAGGUUUGACAUAGACAUUAUCAUAUCUGUAACUUGAAUUUUGUAACCACACAGACACAGACAUUGACAACACACUUUCAAAUCUGUUUAACGAGAGCUGAUGCGCUGAAAUUACUUACAAACUCAGCAAGCAGCUCUCCAGGUUCAGUAAAAUGAACGUACUGCUAGUUUAUCAGUGUUAAUGUGUGUGCAGAAACCUGGCGAGGAACACGAACAACAGAACAUAAAAAUGCAAGUUCACUCAUUUUCUGUGCAGUAAGUCUGUCUAUGACCUCAAACAAAAAAACAGACUAAUAAAGUGGUAGUGUUUACAGAGAUAAUCAACACAAAAGCUCACUGGUGGACAGGCUCAUCGUUUCUGAAAGUUCAUCCACAAAUACUUGAUGUUGUGUGAAAAACAUGUUUAAACUGUUCAUGUGCAUCGACUCACUUUUACAUUGAUGUUAUUGCUCUGAUUAUAUGGUGUUAAACUGACUUUAUUUGUACAAUGAAAGUUAAUGGGACAUAUGUUUAUUAAAAAUCUUAUGUAACUUUAAUAAAGCU